UCACAUGCCUCUCUGUGCAUUAGCGUGACGUGUUGCGUGAGGUAGGGUUGAUACAGAGGUGUGGCCAGCAGGUGCUAGUUCAAGUAAAGUCAGUACCUGGUUAACCUCAGGUGAGACAGAAAGCCGACUGCCUGUUUCAAUUCAUCUUCAUCCUAUCCAAACGGUUUUCUUUAGUUGCCUCACCUUUGCUAAGUGACAAAUGCAGGGAAAGCACACAAGUAAGAUGUCUUUAGGCUUUGCCUUUGCUUUGCUGCUGACACUCCAGAGUCUCCAGCUGGUGUCCACUCAAAGCUCUAAUCUAGGGAAUGGAGAAUUAACUCCUUCACCAGUCAGUGGGAUACCUGAUGAAUGGAAAAGAGGAAAAGGUGUAAUCUCACCUGAAGAGGAACUCGGGAUUUCUUCAGGCUCCAUGACAUUUAGUGGGGAUGAUGAAUAUCAAGCUGGCAAUGAGACUGUCAGAGCAGUAACAGAACAAUAUAAUGAUAACAUGAAUAUGACCGCAUCACCUCAGACUACACUCAGCGACAGCAGUAACACAACAAAAGCCAAUGCAAUCUCGAUCCAGGAAAAUAACACAAGCGAUCUGGUCACACUGAACCCAUACCUGGGACCUUCGACCACCAACGGCAACCAUGUAAACCUCACAGAGACCGACACCACAACUCCAAGUCCUGGAAAUUCUACCACUACUACUACAACUACUACUACUAAUACAACUACUAGUACUACUUCUACUCCUGCUUUUAACACUCAGAAUUCAACAUCAACAGUGAGUGGGAACAUUACGACUACAAGUCCACCACAAGAUGCAAAUGACACAAAAUCUCCUAGUGAAAAUUCAGCAAAUACCACUGUCUUUACAACGACUACCAUGCACACCAGUGUUGUACUGUUUAAUGAAUCUAGCACUGCGUCCACCACAAAAAUGAAUGCAACUGGGGGAUCUCUUGAUGUCAGAGGAAAUGUGGAUAGAGGUCUGGCUUCAGAUAUUCAACAGCAACAAACCAAAAGUCAGGCAUGGGGAGCCAUUCUGGGUAUCGGCGUUGGAGUGGCACUUGUUGCCCUGGUGGUCUAUAUUAUUGUGAAACGAAGGAACUACAGAGCUUUCUCACACAGGAAACUGGUGGAGGACAUGCCACCUGAACCAGUUCUCCGAUUGGACAACAAUGAGCCUCUGGAUUUGAAAUUUGAUGGAUUUGCAUACUACAAUCCUGGACUGCAAAGCGACAACAUCCAAAUGACUAACUUUCCACGAGGACAGACUAAUUAAAAAAAAAUGUUCCAUGCCAAACAGACUGAUAUCAUAAACUCAAACUUCAUUUAUUCUGUAUUCUGCUGAUGUAUGUAAAGGAUCCUGAUCAAGACAAAGAGAAGCAAAUUGCCAAAAGAACUUUAUCUAUAGAUGAGCUAAGAUCCAAAGCGUAUAAGGUGUUUUUGUUUUUUUUUUUCUUUUAGACAGAUGUCAGGUAAAGUGCUGGAAAGAACAGAGUAAUGAAUGUAGCUUUUAUACUUUAGAUGUUUUAGUUUCUAUAUAGGAAUGAUGUGCAGCCUUGUGUCUGCUUAUAUCAUAAAGUAACCCAUGUAAUAAUUAUUAAAAUGGUUGAAAUUGAUAAUAAACUAUUAUGAAAUACCCCUUCUUAUAUCACUAUAGGUUGUAUAAUAUGCUAUAUGGAAUAUUGUUAUAAUAAUUAAUAUAUACAUAUUAAUAAUGUUUAGAUUAAAUGAUUAAAUAGCUGUAUAUACAUUACAAUUUUCUAACAAUCACCUCAAAAGUCUAACAGGAAGAUUUCUAUAAUAAACAACAACAACAACAACAAAGAAUCUU